AUGGCGACGACUCGCACGUCAAAUGAGUCGUCGACCAACGACCUAUCGUCCCUCUGGCAUGCUGCUUGUAACAACUACGCGAAGGAAACUGGAAUCACCAUCAACGAUGAGGAAUUCCCCAGGGUAUCUGGGCCCGAACAGCUAUCACACCAGCUCGAUGCGGAGGAGGCUCAUUUUCAAAACUUCCGAACGAAAAAAAGUCCACUUCUUCAUACCAUGCAAACUAUCCUGGUGCCAUUUGAAAAUUGGGGAGAUCUGAUCGGGGAUGCAGUCGCUGCUGCAUUUCCACCAGCGUCCUCUAUUAUGGGUGCCAUGCUGUUGUUGAUCCGUAGUGCGCGAAAAGUCAGCGAAUCCUUUGACAUGAUUACCGACCUCUUUCAGAAAUUGAGCAAUUUUGCCCUUCGUCUGGAUAUUUACAAGGGCGUUCCGCUCAGCAAAGGAAUCCAAAUAAUCAUCGUUAAGAUCUUGGUCAAUUUUCGCGUCUGUGCAGCGUCACAAAAAUUGCUAAAAGCAGGCUCAUUUAGAGCGCGGCUUUCGAAAUGGGCUAAAAACAUCUUUGUUGAAGAUAUUUCUGUCAGUUCCCUCCUGGCUGAACUUCAGGGAUUGACGAGCCAGGAAGAUAAGAUGAUCUCUGCCCAGAAUCUCAAUCUCACUCAUCAGGCACUGAAGAACACCGCGGAUUUACUCGAAAGGGACAACGUUAAGAGUGACCGAGACAGGCUUAACAAAGUGAGGGAUAAGCUAAAACCAGUUUCAGCAUCUAGCCAGGUUCACUCCGCGAUCAGUAGCAGUCGGAUUCCGGGCUCAGGGAAGUGGAUUAAUGAUAGAAUCAAGUCUUGGUGGCAGAGUUCUCAACCCAUACUCUGGCUCCAUGGUGGGCCUGCGGUAGGAAAGUCCUACUUGGCAGCCAAGAUUAUUGACGACCUCACGAACGCAGAGAUAUCGUCUAUGCCUGUGGUUGCUUCGUUUUUCUGCAAGAACAACGAUAUUGAUUUGCGCUCCAUGAACAAAGCUCUACGGACUCUCGCUUGGCAGGUAGCUGCACAGCUACCGAGGUUCGCCGAUCAUGCUGAAGACUUUUGCCUAAAGGCCGAUUUAGCUGAUACAUACUCGGUAUGGUGGAAGCUAUUGCUGAAAUUCUUCACCGGGGGUGCCUCGGACGUCUCGGUGUGGUUUGUCAUUAACGGCAUCGAUGAGGUAGAUCCAGAAGAACAAAAUCUGCUCUUUGAUCUCCUUGAGAAAACCUAUUCGCUAGAGGAGCAGUCCCAGGUAUCAUUUUCUUUGCGAUUUGUACUUCUGAGCCGGGAUUCAGUACGAAGCAGUCUUGAAGAGCACCUACUUGGGUGGGUACCAGACAUUGAGAUAACUAAUAGUCAGAACAAAGAAGAUCUCCAUAGAUAUAUCUACCAAAAAUUACAAAGGGCAAGUCUAUUUAAAGGCUCUUCCAAGCUGUUAGAUGAGAUCGUUGAUGACAUACGCGAGUCUGCAGAAGGUCUAUGGGAAUGGGCAAAUCUUGUCAUUAAAUCUGUCUUGCAUUGUAGCACCAAAGGACAGAUUCGGCGAGUUGUCAAGACCAUGCCACGGGGAAUCAGUGCAAUGCUCAGUCAGGAACUCCAGCGUUUAGCUCGUCAGCUCUCAGCGGACAUGCUACCAGACGAACUGAAUUGUGUCGAGGAAUCAGGGCAAAUCCAACAGCUUAACCUGAUACUCUCCUUUAUCAUGCUUGAGGACGAAGUCCUGAAUGUGGAAGAUAACCUUCGCAUUGAAUAUUCAUCUCUUUUUGUUGUACGAGACGCAGGAGAAGCAGAAGGAUAUUUCAAGGAUGAUUUUAUUGUAACGCUCCGCCACAGCUCUUUCUAUGAGUUCUUCAAAACAUCCGGACAAAGAGAAAAUGGGCCCAUCCAUGUCGACCCCGAGCGCGCGGAGGCAAGCCUCGUGUUUGUCCUUCUGCAUGCUCUCCAUGGGACUGAUACAUCCAAGCCCGAGACCUACAAGUCUCUAGGUCUGAUUGAGACAUACGCAGACAGCUUCCUACCACUACAUCUAACGUCCGCCAACCCAGAGAACGCAGGUAAUCUACAGGACGAAAUCUCGGCUCUGAUUUUAGAUGUCUUUGCCAAAGAUAUAGAGCGUGGCCAUCCUUUUGUUUCCGCAUACUACGUGUACGGUGAUUCUUACAGUUUAAUCGCAUGGUCCUGGGUAACCGAUUUUGGGUAUUACUGGUUUGAUGCAGGAGGUUAUAAUAUUGCCAACGAGAGGGCGCAGCAGGUGCUAAAGUGGCUUCUCCCAGCUGCGAGGGAGAUAUUCGAAGAGUGUGCCCGGUAUUCGGUCUCAGCAAGCGAUAUGUGCCCGUUUACCAUCCUCUUCUCGCCUCUGGCAGUUUCCCUUUCGCGUCACUGGCUUGCCCCGGAUGUUAUUGAAGCGCGCGAUGGAUGCGCCCAUUCAAUUCCCAUCGUGUUAAAUAUAUUUGGUGAAAUGGCAGGUAAUCUGGAUCCCUCACGCCAUUACGGACAAGCUGCAAGUCCUGAGUCCACUGCACCAGACGUUGUCAAAAGGACAACACGGGUCGAGGACUAUGUAUCGUCUUCUCGCAUUUUGCUUGUCGCCAAGUUGCAACAACAUGAGAUGACGACCAGUUGGCACACCCGAGUCGGACAGGCGCUUCUCUCCCAUUCGUAUUUCCGGGAAAGCCUCGAGCACUUCGAAAAGUCACUUAGCACAGAUGAGAAAAGUCGGACCUUGAGCUCAGAGUCUUUGUCUGUCAUUCAUAGAAAUAUGGCCAGUGCGUGCUUUGCAAUCGGUAUGUAUAAAGAGGCAGUAGAGCACAAUAAACUUGCAGACACACUGGGUGGCACGAGCACGGCGGUUGAUUUCAUUCUAAGUGGUGGUCAUAUACGUCACUUGUUAAACGCAGCCCAACUGGAGUACAUCGCAAAUAUGCCAAAUCAAGCUGUUGCAAAAGCAAAUGAAGCCUGGCAAGCAUACUUAGAAAGAGAGGAUGAUCGAGACUGGUACUUGUGGAUCAACUUCUUGUUUAUCUUUCUGGGGCUGGAGCAACCACAUCUUCUCCGCCCAGUCUUUGAGCUUGCCUUGUCCCAUUUCCAAGAGCUUUCUCGUCAGAAUAUCGAAGUAGAUGGACUAGCCGAACACAUAAUCGACCCAGGAGCUCGACGAUUACGCACAACGUACAAGGCGAUUCGUUUUGGGUUGACGCCAGACGAUGAAAAGUGUCUUCAACUGAUGGCCUGGGCAGUGAAAAGGAUCACAAGUUGUGAUGAUAUCCUGCCAAAGUUGAAAUUCUUAAUAGGAACAGCAUUGUUUGAGAAAGGACAGUUUGCCACAGGAAUUUUGAACUGGUAUGAAGCAGUCACAGAUUCUAAUCCCAAUCCUGUCUCCUGGCAAACUGAACCGGCCCAAGAAAGGUCCCUGAGCUACAUGGCUGCUGUUUGUCUCUACCAUCCCGAGAUUUCGUUUUGUAGUGGUAAUCCUCUAACCUUAGAUUCGGAUGCUGAAUUUGGCGAUAUCUGCCUUAUUAUUUCAUCUUGGUUGCGGGAUAGCGGGGACCAUACAAAUGCUCGAAAGGCGCUCUGCGGUCGUGUGAAGAAGUGUAUCAGUUUGCUGUCAGAUGAUGACCCCUCUAAUGACUGUGACGCCUGA